GGCUGAUGGACCAAGGUGAGAUGCGCGUCGACACACACGCUCACUUGAAAUAUAGUUUGUGCAAUUUCUGCCGUCUUGGCCCUGGGCGGCAGGUGAAGAGAAAACCAGUCCAUGAUGCGUGUCGGCGCCAAAGUGAGCGUGAGUGGUCGAAUUGGGCACGUUCGCUUCGCAGGAACCACAAAGGUGCAGAGCAUGCAGUGCUCGUGCUCAAGACUACGUCGCCAGAACGAGUGUGAUCUUCUCUUUCAUUCAGUUCGCCCAAGGACAGUGGAUUGGUGUUGAGCUUGAUGUAAGUGAAAGGUGAUGUUCUCUCUGCUUAUGCUUAACGGUGGCCUCCGUGCCUCUUGGCCGGUGAAUCUUCAGGAGCCCGAGGGCAAGAACGAUGGGACGGUGCAGGGCGAGAAGUAUUUCAGCUGCAAGCCAAAGCAUGGCAUCUUCGUCCGCCCUCCACAGGUGGGGCCAUUGCAGCGAGGCACUCUUUGUCGGCCCUCGGUGUAUAUUGUAUGUAGCUAGCUGCCUGUCCUGUCUGUCUGUGUGUCGUGGCUGUCUGUGUGCUGCUACGUGCAGGUAACGCUGAUCGCGGAGGCCGAGGAGGAGUCGCCAGCGCCUUCUGCUGCGGCGGCUCCGCCCACUCCAACACCAGAUGUGUCGGUGCCGUCGACACCCCAGCCCCAGGCCCAACCGUCAGAGGGUGGGCGACGCACCCCAGCCACAGAGCCAGCGGGUUAGCCUCCAGCAGCCAGCCUUGUCACAUCCUGUCAGCCAGCUCUUUACCCUGUGGGUGUCUCUCUUUCAUUGGCUCACAGCAGGCCGUAAGACUGUCACUCCUCCCGUUAGCGUUGCCACUCCGGGGCAAACUGCCUCAGCGGCGCCUGGGCGUUCCCAGGCGGGCAGUGCAACAGCAGCACCGGCCAUUGCGCCCACCGAGCAAGGCACAGGACAGUUGACAAAGGUGUGCAGAAUCGACAGGACCUGCCACUAUGUAAUUGUGAGCCCUGACGUUCCUUCGUUGCUGCAGGAGCGAGACACCUGGAAGAGCAAAGCCUCCGCGCUGCAGGAGAAAGUGGAACUGCUGAAUCUCGAGAAGGAAAUCAAGGACGCCCGGAUUGAGGAGCUAACGGUGGAGCUCGAGCUAAAGGUAGGGGACACGACCACUGCACGCCAUCUUCUACUGGCGUCCGUGAUCGUGUGUCUGUGUGCCAUGUGUUGAUUGUGUACACCCGGGUUUACGUCUGGCCAGGCACAUGAGCUCGAGAUGCACAAGACGGAGAGUGACUCAUCUUACUUGGCAUCUAAGGGUGACUCAUCUUACUUGGUACCGAUCGGAGGGUGACAGUAGAGGUCACAGCUCCUGCGCCACCCUUCUCUGGCUGUGACACUCAGGUCGACAAGUACAAAAGAGCUCUGCAGAAGCUGUACCAGGAGUCGACUGCGGAGAUCGCUCGGCUGACUUCCGUCGCUGACAGCCUCCGAUCACAGGCAAGUCUGCAGCUUGGACCAUCCGUUUGCUUCGUCGCACAUGGCGUGUGUUUCAGCUUGCGGCUACUGAGGGAGCCGGGGCCAAGAAGCAAUCCGUGGAGCAAGACACUGGCCGCGUCUCGAAGGUGGUGGAGGCUCUCACCCAGAAAACUGUACAACUUGAGGAGCAAAACAGGAAGCUGCAGGUGAAUGAUGCAAGGACCGAUCGAUCGCUCAGCGGCUCCCUCAUGGUUCCAUGCCAUUUGCGUCAGAGUAUCAUUGAUGAGCUGAUGGAGUCCCGCUCGGUGGACGAGGAGCUCUACCAGCUUCACUCGGGGCUACAAACAGAUCUGCGGGUGAACAUGAGCCUUGUGCGCCAAUGUGAAAGGCAUUGAGCUUCUCUCAGGUCGAGUUAGAGGCGAAGGAGGCGGAGCUCCAGCAGUACCACGACAUCAUUUCUCGUCUACGAGACGAGAGGAUGGAGGCUCGAAGGGUGAUCGAGCUCUACCGAGAGAAGCUGAAGAGCUUGGAGCAAGAGCUAGCCAGCGGCGGAGGAGGCCGAGGAGGCAUUCAACUCGAAGCCAGUGUCUCCACCUCCUCGUUAGGCAUUCAGCUGGACUUGAGAGUGGCAAAGACGACAGGAGACAUCAUCAAACGACAAGUGGGUGUGAAAGAAACGGGCGCAUCCUUCGAGACACUAUCACCUCGUGACCUCGUAUGCAGGUGGAGCUUCUGGCAUCGUGUAUCCCAGAGAACGUCUUGGGCCACCAUCUCGAGUGUUACGUGGUUGUAUGCCAGCUGCUCCGGUGAAUGACAUGCCACUGUAGAAGUGCUUAUCUCACUGUGUUGCCUGGCACCUGCCCUCGAAGGUCCUUCCAUAUGGGUAUCUUCUUCAUCGAGCACAUCUUUGAGCACUCACUGCGUCCUCUCGUCAUUGCGCACAUGGAGAACCCAGACGCUGUUCCACCCGCCAUUGGAUUCCUUCGGUGGGGCACACAUGCAUCCUACACAAACACAUGCAUCCCCAUGCAAAUCGUUGUUUGUCUGUGCACCACAGGUGGAAAUGCUCGGCAAUCUGCCAGGUUGCCAAAACAACCUUUCAGGUUCGCACAGCGCUUUCUGAAUCCAUUAGUGAAUUGCGCGUUCACCAAUGGGUUGCUUCAUCACAGAUCUCAGUCCUGCUUGCGCGGCUUCGACGCUUGUCCGUUGAUGAGUACAUGAAGAUCACACAGAACGCAUCGCUAGUCAAGAUAAGUGCCUUUGGUAAGCCGAUAUGGCAGCUCAGUCAAGAUCGCUGCAGAAGGACUUCUACGCUGUUCAUUUUACAUACAUUCAGUCGAGCGCUCGCUGGAUUCAGUCAUCGCUGCCUGCCGCGAAAACACUCUUUCUUCGGCCACGCCCAUGUCUGAGAUUGAGGUGAGCGACGGUGCGUGAGUGGGAUUGAUGACUCUGGCUCGAACAUUCUCAACAGGCCGCGUGUUCGCAGCUCGAAGCCAGUGUGAAGUCUGUCGCGGGUAGGGGAAAUCGGGAUGCUUUGAAACUGCGACAACAAUUCCUCAUCGACUCACUGUUACAGGCUCGGACCUGAAAGACAUCGACGGCUGGAUUGCUGGCUCAGUUGUUGCUCGAAUCCUCUCCUCGCUCUGCUUGAUGCUAUGUCGCGCCGCUCUCAACAGCAGCAUCCUCCAAGCCCUGAGAGACAAGAACAAUCCCAACCUAGGCAGGGCGGCAAAGAACCUCUGGGAUGGAGCGUUACGGCUGAUGGAAAGGUGAGCCCGUAAUGAAAAUGAAGAAAGGCAUCCUUGUCUCAUGUCUGCAUCAGGUUGAACGCCGAAGGGCUUGACUGGCAGCCUGCGGCGACGACAGGUGCACCCCCGACGAAACUGCUUGACGCCGUCCUGAAGGUAUCAAGGGAAGGCAUCCCAUUCGAAAUCUGGCGAGAGGACACGCGUGUAUGUUUCAAGCAGGCGGGGGAGAAAUUAGAGAAUCUUCUUAUGAGGUCGGAUGCUGACGAAAAGGCUUCAAGCGCUGUAAAGGAUUGCCUUGAGGUAAGGCCUGCUUCAACGCUACCAGAUAUCGGCACGUUGUCCACUGAGGCGUUUAUUGGCCUUCAUCAUCAGACGUCGAAUCGAUCCGUCGCUGAACUGCUGUCCAUAGGAGCUGGCAGAAAAGCAAAGAACACGGCAGCGUCUGAGCCCUGGCAGGUGGGCUGUUAAAUGAUCCCGGAAAUGGGAUGUUGAGCGGUGUUCCGUUGAGCUGAUUCAGGAGGCUCCACGGCUUGUCCGCGAGCGACUUAAUCAAGUUGGUACCUUGGAGAAGCAACUUGCGGACUCGACGGCUUUGCAACAGCAGCAGUCGGAAAUCGCAGCAAAUGUAGGCCGAUUGUUGACUAUUUUCUGCUCAUUGUCGUCGUGUCUGGUGUGACAGCUCGAAAAGGACCUAAAACUGCAAAUGGAACAAAGCAGAGACCUCGAGCGCAAACUGGGAGAGCUCAAACUGCGCGUGGAGAAGUGAGAUGAGAGGUCACUGUGCCAGGAUGAUGCAAAUCUCCCUUUCUGUUUAGGUGUGCUUUGCUUGAAAGCGAAGUUGAUAAACUCAGAGGGCAGCAAACGUACUACGUCAGCAGUCUCGAGGAAGUUCAAGCAGAGUUGGAAAAGGCACUCGCCCAAAAGCGGGAACUGUCACAACUUGGGGAACAAUAUAAAUCGAAACUUGAAGGUGCGCCUUUCAACGACACCUGUCGGUAGUAAAUGUGAGGAGUGCCUUUCGCAGAGAUGCAACACGAGAGCGAGGCAAAAAGCAAAGCCCGGAAACACCAAACGGAGUCGGGUGGCACGAUUCAGGUACCGAGAAAGGAUUCUGUGGCCCGAAGUGGUGUUUCGACUUCUCUUGGCUCUUGCCGUCAGGAACUCGAGUCCUUACGGAAUGUGAUUAUUCGACUGCAGAAAGAGGUUUUCUCACUGCAGAUUGGCGGAAUCGACUCAGAAUUUGCCACCCCUUACAUAGCCAACCUCGUCGACGCUUUGCCUGAGAACCACCCUUAUUUGGCACAUCACGUCGAUGAAGCAUCUUCGCCGGCUGCCGGAAAAACAGAAUCCACGCAAAAGCUUGGUAAGUGACGGUGACGAUUUUGUAGGCAAGAAGGUGAAGGGUCAACAUUGGUCCUGGCAGAGGAAUCGACACAAGAUGGUGUUACACGAGAGGUCGUCAAUCAUCUUUCUCGAUACCGGUAGCGGAAUCGCGUGCCGAUGUGCCUCACGGUCUAUAUCUUCUUUCAUUGUCUUCUUCUAUUCAGGCGUCUCAGGCGUCUGAUACUUGCAUCGAAGGCUCAGACAGCGGUUGUGGACAUAGCCAAAGGUGAGCAGGACGUUUUCGCUCUUUUUCGCGGGGAAUCCCUUUUCUCCGCAGAUGCCCCGAUUGAGGAUCUCAAGAGAUCGAAGGAGCAUCUGGAGAAAAUGAAGUUUGACUGCCUUUCGACAUGCGCGUCGGUGACUCGGGCUCUGAAAAAACGGUAGCCCAAAAGCACGUCAAUUAUCCAGCUGCAGGCUUGUGGCGUGUGCAGGCUGGAAACAAGCGUGUGUCAACAAGGUGAGGGUUUCGCGCAAUACCCACCGCUUGACAUCACUCGGGCCAUUCAACCAAGAAGUGCGGGCGACAAGUUAGCUGCAAGGAUUACCCUUCCCUCGCAGGUCGAAGGAGCGACCGCAAUAAAGGCCGGUUGCCUGCAGGUCGACGCAUUGUACAGGAAGGCGUUUGCACACUGACCUGACAAGGCCUGUAGAUUCACUAGCUUGACUAGAUUUUCACGCGAGAAGACAUUUGUAGCUUAAAGCCCGCCGAAUCCUGGCCGAAAGUAAAGAGCCUUUCACAGAAAGCCUUUCACAGAAACCCUAACUCUGGUGUACGAGGCUGCGCUGACAUAUCCUCGCUCCUUCCCCAUAUCCCCAUCGUCCCCAUCGCCAAUGGCGAAAAAGGCAAAGUGGGACCCGGAUCUCGAACCGUUUAUGAGAGAAGUACUGCGUGGCGUUCGAGUUCGCCAAGCGGUCGAGGUCAGUGACACCUGUGGCCAUGCCGAGCAAGUUGUCAGUUUUAGGAUCCUCCUCCAGGUCGGACGUCGGGCAGUGGACUAUUUCAGAGGCCAAGAGUUCGUACGCUUCGUCCUCAAGGUAGCUGCAAACACAUCGAUUUCCAGAUGCACGCAUGUCAUUCUGUCUUUGUGCACACACACGCUUUGUUGCUCAAGAACGCAGAUAUGCUUCGGAAGCGAGUACGUCUGGCCACUCAUACAUAAGUGAUGUGAUGCGUUACCCCUUCUGUGUUUAAGCGACUCGUCGUCUCCUGCUGGUGCUGCCUCGCAACUACAGGCACCCAAGGCGUGCGAUGGCAUCGACCUCAAGGAUGUGAAGGAUGCUGAGAGGCUUGGCGAUAGGCUCAUCAAGCGCGGCUUCGUAUACAGGUAAGCUUUGCUCAUUGCCUCUCAGUCAAUUGAUUAUUCCAUUCAUUUCUUUCUGAAUCAGGGCCCAGUAA